AUGCAUAUCGAUGCCGGUAUGCUGGAUGCUCUUCAAGAAAGUCUGGCCCUCGACAAACCAGAAAUCGCUCGGCCCAUCCCCCCCAUCAUCGAGCAUGCGAUAUACCUGACUUCUUUCAUUGGCGAGAUUUAUCCAUGGGUAGACGUGCUAUGCGUUUUAAACCACGAUCCCAAAAUCACUCGAGAGGAGCUCAAGAUGAUUGGGGCCAUCUAUGCUUCUGCCGUUGUCACCAUCAUUGCCACGGAUGAAGACGCCAGCGUUGGCUUGCUUGGGCUUCGGGGUGUGUCUGGCCCGCGGAAGCUGAAACAAAAAACCGUUACUUUUGGAAACGAACAGCUCCUCGUUAGGAACACUUCAUAUCUCACUUGGAACAGUGAGACUCCUUAUUACGAGUGA